GUUAUAAUGGGUUAAGAAUCAAUGAUGUAGUAACUGUAAGUCAAUAUGAUGAAGAUGCAAACUUCACAAGUAUAAGCGAAGCCAUAGAAUUUGCUCCAUCUAAUAUGGUGGUAAAAGAUGGAUAUUUUGUGAUAUAUAUUAAGGAAGGAUAUUAUGAAGAGUAUGUUAGCAUCUCAAGACACAAAAAGGGUAUUAUGUUGUUGGGUGAUGGAAUUAAUCAAACAGUUAUUUCUGGUAAUAGAAGUGUUUUUGAUGGUUGGACUACCUUUAAUUCUGCUACCUUUGCCGUUUCAGGAGAAAGAUUUGUAGCAAUAGGAAUAACAUUCAUGAAUACAGCCGGACCAGAAAAGCACCAAGCAGUAGCAGUCCGAAACAACGCGGAUCUUUCAACAUUCUACAAAUGCAGUUUUAUAGGCUACCAAGACACACUAUACGCCCAUUCCAUGCGCCAAUUCUACAGAGAAUGCGACAUCUAUGGCACAAUCGAUUUCAUCUUUGGUAACGCAGCUUGCGUAUUCCAAAAUUGCAAUCUAAAUGCUAGAAAACCCAUGCCCAACCAAAAGAAUGUAAUCACAGCCCAAGGAAGAUCUGACCCUAAUCAAAACACGGGUAUAUCCAUCCAUAAUUGUACUAUUCAAGCUGCACCGGAUCUGGCUCUAGAUCUAAACUCGACCCUCAGUUACUUGGGUCGUCCAUGGCAUGAUUACUCUAGGACGGUUUUUAUGCAAUCGUAUAUCGACAACGUUAUUGAUCCUGUUGGAUGGUUAGCUUGGAGUGAUACGUCAGUUGAUGUCGAUAAUGUGUUUUAUGGAGAAUUCGAUAAUCAUGGUCCUGGAGCUAAGACUAGUACGAGGGCACAGUGGCUUGGUUUUAAGUUGUUAAAUAAAAAUGAGGCUUUAAAUUUUACCGUUACUAAUUUUAUGAUGGGUGAUACGUGGUUGCAUUAUGCUAAUAUACCUUAUACUGCAGGACUCAUGUAAA